CAGCAGCUAGCAAGGAACCCUAAGCAGCUUUCCUCGGCUCCAUCCGACAGCGGCGAGGAAUGCUUGCAGCGUUACACAGAUCUCCUUGGUUGCUGCUCCUGGCCUGAGGAAUGCAGCCACACCUAUCCGGCUUUUCCGCCCCGGAAAGGACACACUGCAUCCAGCACACAACUUAUGCUGAAUUUGCUAUACCCUCACGCAAGAGGAGGCACUGCGGGCUCAGUGCCGCCUGAGUCUAUAUUGAGAACAGGCAGAUGGAGUGGUCAGCGUGCGACGCUUUGUGGUAGACAUCACGCUGGGUGGCAAUGCCACGCGAGCACGAACUCAACGGCUACCUGCAGCAGUGGCGCUGCACUUACGAAAUGAGGCAAGACUGUUUGGACAUCGGUUUCACUGUGGGAACGAUCCUAUUCGGCGCAUAUGAAGACAGCAAUCUCUCUUCUGAGAGCGGUGAUACUGGGAAAGGUCUUUCCCUGCUCUGGGCUGCCAGCCUCUUGUCUCGUGUUGAAGUGUGGUCAGCCCAUCUGGUUGCCUCUCAUCGUUUUCGGAGACUCCUCCGUUCGUUACCAACUGCCUCUCGCCCUACAAGAUACAGAAAUAUACGAACGAAAAUUCUCAAUAUGGAGCCAUCUCGUGGUCACUACAAGCUAACUGGAUAUUUAAUGCCUUGGAAUUUAUGAUGAGGCUUUCCCUGUUAAACAAUGCCCACUCAUGCUGAUACAUGGUGGCGCAACCCC